GAAACGGUAACCGUCUCUGUUUCAUUUCCAACAACAAAACACUUUUAUUUUUAUUUUAUUUUAAAAAAAAAAGAAAACACUCAGCUCUGCUUGGUGGUGUUUAUUUAUACAUCCAAACAAAAUGAAUAUGUUAAAAACCUUUCUUCACUCUUCUCUGCUCUCCACACACACACAAAACACAAUAUUUCAAAAUUUCUCAUUUCACACCUUUCUCUCUUCAUCUUCUAGAUCUCAUCCUCUUUUUUUUUGUUCUCCGGUUUGGUUAUGGAGAAAUCAGAAUGAGAAGCCAUCACCGUCUUCUCUGGACGAUUGUGUACUCAUGUCUGUUUCCUUCUAUAAAGACUCUAACGAUAUGGAUUUGUUAUGCGGAGAAGAUUCCGGUGUGUUUUCAGGCGAAUCGACGGUUGAUUCCUCGUCUUCCGAAGCUGAUUCGUGGCCGGAUGAUUCCAUCGCUUGUUUUAUAGAAGACGAGCGUCACUUUGUUCCAGGACAUGAUUAUCUCUCUAGGUUCCAAUCUCGAUCUCUCGAUGCUUCCGCUAGAGAAGACUCCGUCGCUUGGAUUCUCAAGGUACAAGCGUAUUAUAAGUUUCAGCCUUUAACGGCGUACCUCGCCGUUAACUACAUGGACCGGUUUUUAUACGCUCGUCGAUUACCGGAAACGAGUGGUUGGCCAAUGCAACUUUUAGCUGUGGCAUGCUUGUCUUUAGCUGCUAAGAUGGAGGAAGUUCUCGUUCCUUGUCUUUUUGAUUUUCAGGUUGCAGGAGUGAAGUAUAUAUUUGAAGCAAAAACGAUAAAGAGAAUGGAACUUCUUGUUCUGAGUGUGUUAGAUUGGAGACUAAGAUCCGUUACACCCUUUGAUUUCCUCAGCUUCUUUGCUUACAAGAUCGAUCCUUCAGGAACCUUUCUCGGGUUCUUUAUUUCCCAUGCCACUGAGAUUAUACUCUCCAACAUCAAAGAAGCUAGCUUUCUUGAGUACUGGCCAUCGAGUAUAGCCGCAGCUGCGAUUCUUUGUGUAGCCAACGAGCUCCCUUCUCUAUCCUCUGUUGUGAAUCCCCACGAGAGCCCUGAGACUUGGUGUGACGGAUUGAGCAAAGAGAAGAUUGUGAGAUGUUAUAGGCUGAUGAAAGCGAUGGCGAUAGAGAAUGACCGGUUAAACACACCAAAAGUGAUAGCAAAGCUUCGAGUGAGUGUAAGGGCAUCGUCGACGUUAACAAGGCCAAGUGAUGAAUCCUCUUUCUCAUCAUCUUCUUCUCCUUGUAAAAGGAGAAAACUAAGUGGCUAUACUUGGGUAGGUGAUGAAAAAUCAAACCUCUAAUUAAAACGUGUGGGGGAGUAAAGAAAAAAAACCUAGAAAGAAAAAAAAAACCUCUUAUGGUCAAGUAGAGUAUAUUUUUUUUUUUAUAACAAGUACAUAAAUAAUAAGGGAGUGAUGGAGAGAAGAUUCUAAGAAGUUAAAGUAAAAGUGUUUAAUUGGGUGAGUUGAAGUAAUUUUAGAGUGUUUCCAUCCAAGGGGAAAGAAUAAGAGUUAAUGAAAUAGUUUUGGCUACAACUUUUAUGGAAAGGGUAAGUAAAUUGGGUUUUGGGGGGUUGGUUGGUUGGUUGGUUGGUUGGAUGGGAGAGACAAAGCUCAUCAUUAAUGGCAUUUGCAGAUUCCCAAGAAAAGCAAAUGAGUGAGUGUAGACCACACGUGUAAGAGAAGAAAAAUGAUCAUGUGAGUGAGUGUGAGUGUGUGUGCGUGUGAGAGAGAGGGAGCAUUUGCAUUAGAGUCCGUCGCAGAACAUGUACUGAUGGAUAAGACAGGGGGGAGCGUUUGCAAAAGAUUUUUGAGUGGAGAGCUCUUUGUCUUAAUGGAUCGCAGCAGUUUAUGGACCCCCUCACCUCAGCUUCAAUCCUCAUCAGCUAAAAAAAAAAAUCAAGUUGCGAGUAUAUAUUUGUGUUUUUUUUUUUUGGAUUUUAAGAUUUUUGAUUCGUUUGUGUGCGACUUCACGUGCCGGAGGCGUGUGUCUCACGUGUUUGUUUUUUUUUCUCUUCAAAUCUUUUAUUUUUGGCGGGAAAUUUUGUGGUUUUGAUUUUUAUACGUAUGCCGUGGACUCCAAAUGAGUGUUGCCACGGUGCGUUUUCGUAACGUAUGCAUGCGUGUAAGGUUUCACGUGUGUAUGUAUGUGUUUUUCUUUUAA